ACAAAGUGGAAUUCCGUUAAACCACAACCCAAUGGUUAACGUAUAAUACAAAGCAAAAAAUAUAAGUAUCCACAUUAAUUACUAAACCUAUUAAGUCUUGCAGAUUAAGUAUAUAAUAAUAUUUUAAUUAAUUCUUCUCCUCUUUUGAGAAUAAAAACUCAUCACAAAAAAAAAAGAAUAAAACCCUUUUUUAAAAACACAGUGUGAUUAUAACUGAAACCAUAAAAAAAAAAAGUGGAAAGGAGCUCUCUCCUCUCUCCUUGCCGGGUGCUCCAUGAUUGGAAACAGAGUGCUGGCAGCGUUCUGGGCGAUCCUCGCAGUCUGCCUCUCCACCCAGGCAGCGGUGGUGAGGUCCCAUCCACCAUCGAAUUCCAAGUGGCGAGUGGUAGUCGACACGCCUAUCCAUGUUAAGCCUGCCGAUCAAAGUCUCGGCCUGUGGAAUAGGAAACAGAAGCGGUGGGUAUUCAUCGCAGAUUCAAAAGUCUCGAAUGACAUAAGAAUUGGUAAAAAACAAAAACAGACGUGGAAGGGGGCAUGGCGGUUUGCCCUGCCGUCCUCGAUGGAAGUGGAAGGAUGCUGUGGGGAUGAUUCAUGUCAAUCAUCAAGUAAUAGACCCACUCCUUCGCAGUCGUAUACAACCCGGGAUUGGAGCUACUCUCAGGUGCUGCCAGUCGAUGUAGAUAUGUCGGAAACGGUCACCGGAGAUGAUGAUAACCGGAAAAAGAUCUUACGCCAGGUUCUAAUUAGGCUGCCGACGAGGACCACAAGCCGAUAAUAUCGAUUGUCUUCGAGGAGGUUUCUACCGGCAUGCCCCUUGGUGAUCGGGGCAUUAGAAAAUCAGGUGGGAUUGCAUCGUUGAUACAACCGAAUCGUAUCUUAAUGGCUAAUAGUUUUGGUAAAAAUAAAAAGAAAAAUACUUUCAUUCG